GCUCCGCCCCUCCCAAGAUGGCGCUGUGCUCCGUGCGGAAGGCGCGUGAGUGCUGGAGCUUCAUCCGGGCACUUCACAAGGGACCCGCAGCUACUCCUGCUCCCCAGAAGGACAGUGUGGAGCGAGUGUUUUCUGGCAUCCAGCCUACAGGAAUCCCCCACCUGGGAAAUUACCUUGGAGCCAUUGAGAGCUGGGUGAAGUUACAGGAGGAAUAUGACACAGUGUUAUACAGCAUUGUUGACCUCCAUUCCAUCACUGUCCCACAAGACCCCACCAUCCUCCAGCAGAGCAUCCUGGACAUGACUGCUGUUCUUCUUGCCUGCGGCAUAAACCCAGAGAAGAGUAUCCUUUUCCAGCAGUCUCAGGUGUCUGAACACACUCAAUUAAGUUGGAUCCUCACCUGCAUGGUCAGACUGCCUCGAUUGCAGCAUUUACACCAGUGGAAGGCUAAGGCUGCAAGGCAGAAGCAUGAUGGGACAGUAGGCCUGCUCACAUACCCGGUACUGCAGGCGGCAGACAUUCUGUGCUACAAGUCCACACACGUUCCUGUCGGGGAAGAUCAAGUCCAGCACAUGGAACUUGUUCAGGACCUAGCUCGAAGUUUCAACCAGAAGUAUGGGGAGUUGUUUCCAUUGCCCAAGUCCAUUCUCACAUCCAUGAAGAAAGUGAAAUCCCUCCGUGAUCCCUCUGCCAAAAUGUCAAAAUCCGAUCCUGACAAACUGGCAACUGUCGGAAUAACAGACAGCCCGGAGGAAAUCGUGCUGAAAUUCCGCAAGGCUGUGACAGACUUCACGUCGGAGGUCACCUACGAGCCGGACAGCAGGGCUGGCGUCUCCAACAUGGUGGCGAUCCAUGCCGCGGUGUCCGGCCUCUCUGUGGAGGAGGUGGUGCGCAGCAGCACAGGCCUGGACACUGCGCGCUACAAGCUGCUGGUGGCCGACGCUGUGAUCGAGAAGUUUGCUCCAAUCAGGAGAGAAAUUGAGAGACUGAAAAUGGAUAAGGACCACUUAAAGAAGGUUUUACUUGUUGGAUCAGCAAAAGCCAAAGAAUUAGCCUAUCCUGUGUUGGAGGAGGUGAAGAAAUUAGUGGGGGUUUUGUAGGAAAGUCAGCCGGUCACCUGCACUCCAGUCAAGACAGCUUUUCUCUGGCAGAUUUUAGUCUGUACAUAUUUGAUUUGAUGAAUGCUUCCAACUGAUAUUCUAAUUCCAUCAGCAAAUGCAGGCGCAGCUCUCUGCACCCCAGUUAACUGAGGCACUGUUUUUUGGGUAUUAAGUAUUCCCACAUAGUUGACAGCUAAACCAUAACUGAGCUUUGAUGUGUCGCUGAAGUUUUUUCCCCCAUCCUGCCCAGCCCCACAGACCCUGCAGAAGCUUGUAUUAAUUAAAAC